AUGGAAAGCCCUCGCACCAAAUGCAUUGCCAUCUCUGGCCACAAGGCCCUACAUUUCCAUGUCGCCACAGUAGAAGGCUUUCCCUCCUCCUCUGAUAGAGACCAGCUGUGUUGGGACCUCAUCCUGGAAUCUUCCAAGCAAGACAAGUUGUUGUGGGAGAAGAUGAAGGAGUUACAGGGUGAUGACGCCCUCAAGGCUCAGCUCAUUGACUAUGCAAUACUCUUGCAGACAUGGAAAGGCGCCACUCAGAUAAGGGGAGAGCUUAUCGCCAAAGCCAGAAUUAGUAUUCCCGCCUGUUUUGGACAGAGCAGGACUAAUACUGAUCAUUCAUAUAUCCAGAAUCUCACCUGUGACGCACAGGCGCCACUCAAAAACCCAGCAUUCAGAGUACUACUGGAGGCUCAGUGGUGGGGUCCCAAAGGUGAAGGUAGGAGGUGCAGUAGGAAGGGAAAUGCCUACACAGAUAAUCUUCCUAUCCUGGCUCUUAUCGCUUGCGCAGUGGAGUGUGUCCUCCUUGGAGUGAAAAGAGGAUCACCAGUAGACUUCUCAGAAUGUUACUUCAAAUCUUGGUGGGAGACCUUUAUGCAGUUGCUCACUGAAUUUUCCAACAAAUGUCCAACUUAUUUUGAGACUGUCUGGGAUGAGCUGAAGGAGGGGCUCUGGUGCGUCCAUGAUUAUCACAUUUAUAGACUCUGCUAA